GUCGUCUGAAAUUGGUGCGCAGUCAACGUUGCCGAUCUCUCCGGAUAUACUUGAACAAGUGUGAUUUCGAAGCGAUCCGAACCCAACCGGAAACCCAAGCCUAACAUAAGGGUGCAAAUCGCUUGGGUCGAAGUGCCUCACCUCUUACGUCGGAGCCUCCUUCACCAUGUCUACCAUCGAGCGGGACCGUUACUACGAAUAUGACCGCGACUACGAUCGUCGCGACCGUGAUUGGGAUCGUGACCGGAGCUGGGACACAAGAUCCCACCGAGACGAUGGCGGCCGUCAUUACACGACCGUCACAAAGUACCGAGUCCCCGAUCACUCGCACGACGACACUCGUGAAGAGGAAGAGAUUCGCAUCACUCGGCGGGAAUCAGACCGAGAUGACCGCCGUGACGACGACCCACGCGCUUCUGUGCGCUCCUUCCGCUAUGUGGAACGAGAUAUCGAACGCGACGAGAUUCCCCGUGAGAGAGAGCGCGAGAGGCGCGAUGUGACGAAAAUCCGCGUCGAGCGGGAUCGUAGCAGGUCGUCGUCGUCGGAACGAGUGAAAGAGUUCCGCUUCGAACGCGAUCCCGAUCGGCUCCACGACUCGCCCUACGACCUUCAACGAUACUCCAAGUCCACCGAAUACUUCUCCCGCCCCGAGCCUCCUCCACAACCCAUCGUCAUCCGCCAGUCGGAACCGCAACCGAUCAUCAUCCAAGAAACUCGACCUCAGCAAAUCAUUGUAAAGAGAGAUGAGCCAUACGAGAUGAUCGAGCGAUCGGAGGCGGUGGAUGACCGGCAAAUGGCACGACGCGAACCUCGCCGAGAGGAAGAUUAUUAUUAUGAGCGCACCACUCGUGAAGUCGACAGAGGCCCGCGUGAGUCAUAUGUCGAAGAGCGAGGGCGUAGACGGGACCGAUCCCAUAGCAGUGAUGACGUUGUGAUCGUUCGACGAGAAGAAUCAUGGGACAGUGAAAGCCCUCAUCGAAAACGUCAUUGGGUUGAAGGCGCCGCGGCUGGGCUUGGUGCUGCAGCGUUGGUCCGCCAUCAUCGCAAGAAGAAAGGUGGCGAAGCAGGCUCUCGUGCAGGCCAAAUGCUUGGCUACGGCGUUGCGGGUGCGGUUGGUGCAGAAGCUUUGAAUCGAGCUCGCAGCCAUAUGCGGUCUCGAUCUCGGUCUUGGGAUGGACCGCGUAGUCAUCAUCACCAUCACCGUCACCGUAGCCUUUCUCGAGGGAAGACGUUGGCGGCGGUCGGUGGUCUUGCGGCCAUCGGAGCGCUUGCAUACGCGGCGACACGUAACAACAAUAACAAGACUGACGAACGUCGAAGCCGUUCUCGUCGUCGUCGUGCAUCGGUCACAGAGGAUGAGUCACCUCGAAGCCGAUCCACCAGCAAACAUAUGGACCCGGAACACCGGAACCGGCGUGUUGCUCAGGCCGGACUGGUUGGUGCAGGGUUGGCGGCUCUCGCCGAACGUAAGCGGAGCCGCUCUCGUAAGGGGCGAUCACGAAGCAAGAGCAGGGUUCGGCAAGGCAUUCCUGUCGUCCUUGGUGGGCUUGGAAGUGCGGCAGCAGCGGGUCUCUAUGAGAAAGUGAGACAGCGCAAGGAGGCGAAGGCGUCCCGAUCUCGGUCUCGCUCGGUCUCACGAACCCGAUCACUGUCCCGGUCAAGAUCAAGAUCUAGGUCGGUAUUCUCCGCACCCGCAGGCGCAACGGCGAGUGACGGGAAUCUUAUAGAAUACGGCGGUGAUCCGAUUGUGGUCCAUUCCGAUCGUAGUCGACCUGAAUCUCGGGGUUCGUCGAGGUCAAGCUCCGGUCAUCGACAUGGGAGAAAACGAUCGAAAAGUCGCGGUAUGGGCAAGGCUGCGCUUGCAGCCGGGGCAGCCGGGGCAGCAGGUUUCGCUGCGCAUGAAGCCACGAAGCGGAGAGAGCGAAAGAAGGCAGAAAAAGAGCGCGAUCGUACGUAUUCGCAUGGCGAUGCAAAUCAGGAGCUAAUAAUUUCUCUAGGCCAACGUGACGACGAUACGGUCUCAAGCGGAACAUUCUCCCCCCCGAAUGAAUAUCAAGAGCCUCCUCCUGGACCUUAUUACCCUCAUAGCAAUGAAUUUGCCCCUCCACCACCAGGUACAGGGGCUCCGUAUCCUCAACACAUACCCAAUGCGGCGCCGCAAUACCCACCGCCAAAUCCCGGCUUUGGAGAACCAGCUUACGGAAACCAGCCGCCAUAUAAUCCUGCAGACUAUGGUCCACCUGGGGUCAAUCUCCCGCCUCAGGAUCCAUAUCCGGCACCGCAACAGCCUCCAUAUAAUCAAGCGCCAGGGUAUCGAGGUCCUGAAAAUGUGAGUGCCACACCCGACUCCAUGCAUUCCGUCACUGGUGGGUGCAAUUGUCCUGCACUCCAACCGCCGUGACAAUCCAUACUGAUCCGGUCAUAUAGAUGGUUUAGCAGCCUUAAAUGUGGACAUGCCGACGGGCGGGACCACGCCUCGUGCAACGUCGCCAUCCAAAGAAAA